AAGCAGCAUACUCGAGACCUUCAGCAAAUGUCUGGAAUAAUUUUCUUGGAGAGGAGUCCAAACCUGGAUCAGAAUCUACUAAAACAAUGGCCGUUAAAUAGCACGGCGUCACAUAGGACCACGGAUAAAAUGACAGUUCCACAACCACGAUGUUCACAUAUCCGUCGGCUGUUAAUGCGAACUGGGGUAGUGCUUUGUGGAAUAGCCCUGUUUUUUCUGUGUAUGACAUCACUGCACGUUUCAAAGAACCAUGAUACACAGCCGAAAAAAACACACACCGUUCUCCGUCGACCCGUGUCGCAAGCCUGUGUCGGAGCAAGGUGCUUGUCCAGGGACGAAGAAUAUGCACAAUAUUUUAUUCCUAGAAAAGAAAAAGUGAAUCCGUUUCCCUUUAAAUAUACCAUUCCCGGGUCAGCAAUAUGUUUAGGGGAAGACCCGGUGUAUUUAGUCAUUCUCGUUCCUACUAUAGUAACACACGUGGAGGAGCGCCGGGCCAUACGUAAUUCAUGGGGCAGCGUUGCUAGGGGAAACCACUGGCCUCGACAUCAUGUGAACGCUACCAUUAAACUUGCGUUUCUAUUUGGUGAAGAUCCUGCUCUGAAGAACAACAAAGUUGCCCAGCUGGAGAGCGACUUGUAUGGUGAUGUUGUACAGGCAGAUUUCGCCGAUACCUAUGCGAAUUUGACACGGAAAAUGCUAAUGGGUUUACACUGGGUGUCAUCACGUUGUACCGACGCUGAAUACAUUUUGAAGGCGGAUGAAGACACCUUCGUCCACAUCCCCAAACUCGUGGACGUCUUGGCGAAUGUCCGGCACCCCGCUUACCAGGGCGUAGUACUAGGGCAUGUGAAUGUCGACGGUAUUGUAAAACGUGUAGGGAGGUGGAAAGUGAACCAGAAAGAUUACCCAUUUCCACAUUACCCACCUUACACCGCCGGUAACACCUACGUGAUCUCCUCUAACAUUGCGUCGACCUUAUUCAGGACGUCGGAGUAUAUGCCGUUCAUUCCUAUUGAGGACGCCUAUAUCACGGGUAUUCUAGCUAAAUCAAUCACUGCUGAGGUGAUCGAUGUGCCCGGCUUCACGUUUUACCUGGACAGACCGCCACACGCUUGUGAUUAUAUACAGGACAGUCGUAUCUCCUCCACCAAAGUAAGUUCGCAUAUGAAAAUGUACAUUUGGGAAAAACUUGCAUUUAAUACGCUCAAUUGUCAGAGGAAACAAGCACGCAGAUAAUGAACAGACCCGAUCAUUGAGGGAAUAAUGAUAUCAUAAGAGGGAGUGAUGCUAAUGAGGGUGCACUCAUAGUGAAAAGGUACAGAUAGUGAGGGGGCAAUGAUAGUGAAAGACAUAGAGUGAGGGGGCAAUGAUAGUGAAAGACAUAUAGUGAGGGGCAAUGAUAGUGAAAGACAGAUAGUGAGGGGGCUAUGAUAGUGAAAGACAGAUAGUGAGGGAGCUAUGAUAGUGAAAGACACUAAUAGUAAGGGACGCUGAGAGGGAAGGGACACUGAUAGUGAAAAACACUGAUAGUGAAAGACGCUAAUAGUAAGGGACGCUGAGAGGGAAGGGGCACUGAUAGUGAGAGGGUACUGAUAGUGAGAGGGUACUGAUAUUGAGGGGGAAAUGAUACUGAGGGGACAUUGAUAGUGAAAGACACUAAUAUUAAGGGACACUGAGCGGGAAGGAGCGCUGAUAGCUAAGGGCAUUGAUUAUGAUUGGGCACUUAUGGUGAAAUACACUGAUAUCGAGGAGACGCUGAAGGUUAGGGACAUUGAUAGCGUGAGGCGUUGAUAAUAAGGAACAUGUAUAGUGGAGGGACCAUGACAGUUAGGGCAUUAAUGGUGAGACAUUGUUGAUAAAGAGAACAUCGAUAUCGUCUAUUCUCCAUCAGUUACUAGCAGCACGAAAUGUCACCAAGAAGAGACUGACAUCAAAACACAUUGAUAUCGACGGUACUGAUCAGAUGACGACACCUAUUGUGAGACACAACAUAACAAGGACUGGCUGUUACACAUGGAGAACUUCGAAAAUAAGGGAACAAAUUCCGUCAAAACGUAGACAGUCUGACAGUGAAGAGGCGCGUGUCCAUCAUCAAGAUUACACACACUCGUAGUGAGCGAUAUGGAAAAUGGUAUAAAAUAGGGUAGAUGCGUUGUUCUUCAAUGUCUCAGGGAACAGGAUGUGGCUGCGGGUCAACUCACGGUAUGUCUCAGGGAACGGGAUGUAACUGCGAGUCAACUCACGGUAUGUUUCAGGGAACGGGAUGUAAUUGCGCGUCAACUCACGGUAUGUUUCAGGGAACGGGAUGUAACUGCGAGUCAAAUCACGGUAUGUCUCAGGGAAAGGGAUGUGGCUGCGAGUCAACUCACGGUAUGUCUCAGGGAACGGGAUGUCACUGCGAGUCAACUCACGGUAUGUCUCAGGGAACGGGAUGUAACUGCGAGUCAACUCACGGUAUGUUUCAGGGAACGGGAUGUGGCUGCGAGUCAACUCGCGGUCAUUCACAAUAUCAAGGAGACAGAAAAACAAAAAAACAAAAAAAACAGGCGGAGACACGCGGGGUAUGCAGACCUCAGAGACGUGGAUUAACAGAAAUCACAUUCCAUUGCUUGUAGAAAGAUUGAUCAAAUUAAAGUUUUCUGCAUCGCU